AUGUCAACAUUAAAAACAAAUUUAUUACUUUUACUUGGUGAACUUAAAAGUAUAGAUAUUUCAGAAUCAAAAAAAUAUUAUAGUAAAAAAAAAAACGAAUUUUAUUUUACAUUUAAUUAUACCAAUGAUAAAAAUCCUAAUAAUAAUAAUUUAAUUAUCCAACUUGAUUCUAAAAUUCAUAAUGAUAAUGAAAAUUUAAUGAAAAAUCCUAAAUAUCAAUCUACUUUAAGUGAAGAAAUUUCUAAAAAAACUGUAAAAAAAAAUUCAAGACGUAUAAUUUUUAUAAUUUCUUAUACAGAAAAUAUUCGUAUUAAUGAAUUUAUCAAAUUAAAAAAAAUAAUUACAUUAGAAGACUAUAAUCAUGAUCCAAUAAAAGAACAAAAAGAAAAUAAUGAAAAAGAAACUCAAGAAGAAACUGAAGUUCAUAAUAUUAUUAAAUCAAUGAAUAAAUUAAAUAUUUCUGAUGAAAGAAUAAAAGAAUAUCAAAAUCUUAAUAUUAUUAUAAAAAUUGAAAGAUAUUUAAAUAAUAUUAAAAAAAUGGUUACUAUUAAAAAUUUUGGAAAUAAUUAUUAUAUAACUCUUAAUAAUAAUAUUAAUGAAUUAUAUAAUAAUUUUUGUAUAGGCUUAGGAAUAGAUAUUAAUCAAAAAGAAAUUAAUGAUAAAAAUAAUCAUA